GACUCCUCAGCCUUUCGGAGGGCGGUCACAGAGUAAGUGCCCUUGGAGUUGUGGUUUCCUCGGUUGUGCGGGGGCUCUGGGCGGGGCUUGCGGACCCUCCUCUUCUUGGCGGGGGUCGGGCGUGCGGUCCCGGUCCCCGUAAUGUACGGAGGCAGAGGGAGAGGGCUCCGGCCCCCUCGGCGUCAUGUCUUCGGUGCCGACGGUUUCCCGUCCGCCGGUUCUAUCCUCAAGCGCCGGGACACGCGUCUCCUUCAGGAAGAAGGGCAGAACGAAGUUCAGCGGGCCCCUCCCCCGGGUGCUCAUGCCUCCUUUUGUUUCAGGUCUGUGAAGCCGCCCCGGGAGCCGGAGCUGUCGUAUCCCCUCCUGUUCCACUUCCCUUUGCGACCAAUAAAGGCGGUUCGUACCGUUGUAGGUGUAUGUGUCCGCGUGCUUUGUUCCGAGGCUGCCAGAGACGCUGUAGGCGUUAUUCUAGAAAGCGGGUUUUGCAAAUCUUCUCUCGAAUCUCAGGCCUCAGCUGGGAGUGCGGGCGACAUUUCGCAGAACAGGUUCUCUGGCCGACCUUGCCGGCAUCUCCGGAUGGCUGUGCUGCGCCGAACCCUCCGCCUGGCGACCCUGGCUGCGGGGACGCGCCGCGCCUUGGCGGGCUCCCUCGCCAGUAGCUGCCUGGCGGACCGCUGCCUCUGGGAUAAGCUACACGCUCAACCCCGGCUCGACAGAGUCCCCACCUUCGACUGGUUCUUUGGGUAUGAGGAAGCCCAGGGACUCCUACUGCCGCUGCUGCAGGGGGCCCAGGAUGCUUGUCCACUGCGAGUGUUAGACGUGGGCUGUGGGACUUCGAGCCUGUGUACAGGCCUCUACACCAAGUGCCCAUACGCUGUGGACGUGCUGGGGGUGGACUUCUCUCCUGUGGCUGUGGCUCACAUGAACAGUGUCCUGGAAGGUGGCCAAGGCCAAACAGCCCUGUGCCCUGCGAAUCCUGCCUCUCGCCUCCACUUCAUGCAGGCUGAUGCACAGAACCUGGAGCCAGUGGCUUCCUCAGGCUCCUUUCAGCUAGUGCUGGACAAGGGCACCUGGGAUGCUGUUGCCCGCGGUGGUCUCCCUGGGGCUUACCAGCUACUGUCAGAAUGCCUGAGGGUCUUAAGCCCCCAGGGGACCCUGAUUCAGUUUUCAGAUGAGGACCCUGAUGUACGACUUCCCUGCCUGGAGCAAGGAUCCCAAGGCUGGAUGGUGACUGUGCAGGAGAUAGGCCCUUUCAGGGGCAUCACCUACUUUGCUUACUUGGUUCAAGGCUCUCAUUAAAGACUUGUAGUUUUGCCCUGGCAAGUUUGGCUCGGCGGUUGAAGCCUCGGCCUGCGGACUCUGGUUUGGUUCCCGCUAGGGGCAGGUACCAAAAAAAAAAAAGACUUGUAGUCUUGACCCUAGAGUUUCUGUUGAGUGAGGAGAGGUGGAGAGAGUCUUGGCUUCCACGUUUACUUAGCUUGAUGCACACAGUAUUUACCGUGUCUUGGUGCCCGUUUACUCACCAGCUAGGUAGGAAUAAUAAUACCUGAAGUUAUGCGGAUUAUAUACAGUGAUAGCUGAGACGUUUAGCAGGAUCAGGCCCAAUAUUAAAUGCUGAAUAGAGAAGAUACAAGUGGAUAAUUCCCCACCCCCAACUAACUGGAACUUAUAAAAGCAGUAGAUAAGAAUUCUUAAUCCAAAUCUCAGCAAUGACUGAUGUGUAUGACCCAGUGACCUAAUCUCUAAACUCACUUUUCAGAUCUGAAAAGGGGAGGAUCAUGAAAGGAUGGGUAGAAGGGCUUCCAUACACCUAGGUGAAAUGUUACGGGGAGAGAGAACAAACAAUACUUACCCUCAACGCUCCUGGGAGGCAAGAGAUGGUAUUCCACAAAAUGGCUUUGGCAAACACGGAAGCUUGUUGGAUCCCAGAGAGGACAGGGAUUGAGUGCUUCCUGACACUCUGUGUUCUCAGGAAUCCAGGAGGCAUCUUGCUGUACCUGUUCCUGCCCCCAGCUGAGUUCUGGGUUAAAGGUUCUUAAGGGAGAUCUGGGUUCCAUGGGGCUCCAUGUCCAGCCUGGGUUGGGGGAGGGGAGUUAAAGAGCCCAUUAACAGAAAGAAAUAUUCCUGAUACAUUGAAUAUUUUUAAAAUAAAAUGAA